AUGCUGGUUGGUGGAAUUGAUGCAAAUGCAAAGAUGGGACUGAGCAACAAUUCGAAGUGUCAAGAAAAUGGAACAUGCGACACUAGAGGAGUCGGUGGAGUUGGUGUUCUUGUCAACACGAGUAUGGCAAAGAAUAUCGACUCUUUCGAACAACUUACGACCCGAAUCGGACGUCUGCGGAUGAGAAAAUGUGGUCCAACGCCAGCUUUGACUAUCUUCGUCGGUUACACUCCAACAUCAAGGUACGAAGAAGAAAAAAUCGAAGCUUUCUAUAUGGACCUGGAGAAGUACUAG